AUGAUCGUUCGUGCCUUUUUCCCCUGCGUUCUCAUUUUCAUUUCAACCGAGAUAUUCACUUGCUACAAACCAACCCGCCUUACCCGCCCGGGGGACUUCCUCUUCCGUAAUAAGGGGGAAACAAAAAGGCACAGAGGAAUUAGAAUUACGGUUUCCAACAACCGAACAGGCGGCAGUGACGAUAUAGCCAAUUAUGCCGCUAUCGAAAGAAACGUAAAAUGCAGAAUUGGGGUGGAAGCCCACGUGCAGCUGAGCACAAAGUGUAAAGCCUUCUGUAACUGCUUUAAUGUCGCUUCUUCACAUAACAAUAAAACAUACGAGAGGAAUUAUAUCGAUUUGUGCAAUUUCUUAAAGGACAACAUUUUGAAGACAGGAGAUGAGGCAGCAGAUUGGAAUUGCCCAGGAGAGGGAACACCUCCGAGGAAGGCUCUAGGGGGGAUAAUUUGCGCAGAGACGAAGCGCCCCAUUGGUGAAGACGCUAAGUAUGCCAUUAAUAGGCCAAACAAACACAUAUGCAACAGGUGUGUAGGUGAGGUGGGCUCCCUAAGCUUACUUAACAGCACGGCUGUCUUGUUCACAUACCUAAUUAGCAUUAUUCUUAAUUGCAAUAUAAACAAUGUUGUCACUUUUGACAGAAAAAUUUAUAAUUAUUAUGACUUGCCCAAAGGUUAUCAGAUUACGCAAAAGGAAACGCCCAUCGGUUUCGAUGGUUACAUUUCUGUGGAGGGAAAGAAGGUUCGCAUAAAGAGUGUGCACCUAGAGGAAGACACGAGCAAGUGUUUCUUGCUUCCCCGAAAUGCGAGUAUGCUCCAUGGAGGGGGUACUACCCCCCGGGAAAGUAGCAGUGAUGGGAAUGUAAGUGCAUUUACGGCGGCCAGUGCCAUUUUGAACCUUAACAAUGGUAGUGGCGCAGGGGAGAAAGACAAUGGGGACAUAAAUGAUGAAUGGUCCACCAGGGACGGUGAAGAACUGGGCUCUCGUAGUUGUCACCCAGAAGAUCAGCCAUCCGACAGUGUUAACGAAGGAAACCAUCCAUCCGACAGUCCAAACGAAGUAAGCCAUCUAAACAAGAAAAUAUUACUAGAUUACAACCGCUGCGGGAUCCCCCUAGCGGAAAUCGUGGUCGAAGAUGACUACAUGAACGCAGAAGAGUGCAUUAACCUACUGAAGGAGAUAAAAAAUAAAGUGUGUCUACUCGGGGUAUGCGUUGGGAACAAGGAAAAUAUCAGGUCAGACAUUAACAUCUCUUUUGAAUACGAUAAGGUGAAGUACAGCCGAGUCGAAAUCAAAAAUGUUAACAGCUUCCGAAGAAUUAAGAGUUGCAUAGAGCAGGAGAAGCAAAAUUUUAUUAAUAGAAUUUUGACAAGGGGAACAGGAAAAAGCUACCACUCCAAGUCGAACGAAAUGUAUACAAAAAGCUACCUAGACAGUACGCACUAUGUUGUCAGGAAAAAGGAAGUAUACAAUUAUGUGCACGAGAGGAACAUCCCCCAAUAUAAGCUUAGCAAAGAUGUUAUAAAACUGCUAAAAUUUUAUGUUAAUUAUAAAAUAAAAAUAUACGAGGAUGAAGUGAAGUACAACUGGUCCAAACAAUAUUUUUAUGUCUUCCUGAAUGAUCCCUUUUUAUACAACUAUUUUAAUGAAUGCCUAAAAUUUGAAGAAGAAAAAUAUGUGUCCAAUUUUAUAGUUAAUAUACUCCUCGACGUGAUAAAAAAGAAAAAUAUGCUUUCCAAAAAUGUAUUAAUAAAGCCGAAAAACUUUUGCUUCCUCAUUAAGUAUGCUAUUCAGAACAACUUAGACAACACCGCUUUGAAGGCGUUCCUCUUUAACUAUGUGGAUGUAGGAUUCGAAAAUGAGCUCCUCCUCACAACAUUUAAAAACGUGAGCAUUGUAGAAAUGGAGCAAGAUUUGAAAAAACUGAUUGACGAUAAUAUACAGCAUUUAAAAAUCAAUGGGGGGAAAACUGUCCUCAACAAGCAAAACUUUAAGAACAGAAUUAUAGGCCUCUUGAAGGGCCAAAUGAGUCAACGUGAUUCACAGGUGCACGUUAACUACAAGUCGGUGAGCGCCUUCAUUGACGACUACGUAAGGAGGUUGGCUUAA